AUAUAAAGUGGCAUCAUGAUCCACGUGGAGAUUAAAAUUUGCAGUUUAGAAAUUCCUUCUUCUUUUGCCAGAUUUCUACAACAUAGAGUCCUUGCAGAAACCUUUUGUGGUUCGCCACUAUACAUGGCUCCUGAAAUAAUGCAACUUCAGAAGUAUGAUGCGAAGGCAGAUCUCUGGAGUGUUGGUGCCAUUCUAUUUCAACUUGUCACUGGGAAGACUCCAUAUACAGGAAACAAUCAGAUACAGCUGCUUGACAACAUUAAAAAAUCGACUGAAUUGCAAUUUCCACCAGAGGCGAAGAAUUUGAGUCCUGAUUGCAUGGAUUUGUGUAGGAAAUUGCUGCGCUGUAAUCCAGUGGAGCGAUUGACAUUUGAAGAGUUUUUUAAUCAUCCCUAUCUUUCCCAGGGACAACCUCAAGAUACAGUCAGGAAUAAACAAUCAGAAAGACCAGUAGAUGAUUUCCCUUUUUCUGAAAGGAACCCAGUAGAUGGUUCACAGGAAGAUUGCUUGCCCUUCAGUCUAGAUGAUGAUUCCAGUGGGCUUCAUUCACGUCCAUCCCUGUUAAGGAUGUCACCCAUGAGAUCCACAUAUCGAUUUUCUCUUGAUUUAAAAUCUGAUAAGAGGGAAGUUUUUAGUCUCUCAGACAAAGGGGAUAUUUCCAACUUUAAUUGUCCCCCACGUAAAACAGAAAUUCCAGGGUCUAGUCUUGGCAGCCGUCGACUUUCAGAGGGAAACCUGAAAGGAUCUCGUAAAACCUUGGACUUCAGGCAACUAAAUGCUCUCCCGAAAGACGUGGAUUCAUUCGAGUCCAUCGAUCAGGAAUAUGUCCUCGUGCCUGGUCCCCCUACAGACUUGUCAUCUUCUGCACGUGCUUCUAUGCAAGGUCAUUUGCCAUCUAAAUCUGGUAGUCCAUCUCUUAACUCUGUAAAUAUGACUUCCACACCAAGUGCUCCGGUGCCAAUAAUUGGUGCAGCAACUUCCAGAGUUGGUUACACUGGAGGCCUAGAAAGUCGAAGCUCUGCUUCUGGGACUCCACAAGGAUCAAUGGAUACAGGAGACACUUUUGAAAAGCCAUCAACUGACUUCAUGACAAGGAUCAAGUCAUUGCAACUCUGUGCAUCUGCCAUCACUGAUUUAGUGAGUGAGAAGAUUGAGGCAGGAAAACAACUGGAAGCAUUUUCAAUUCAGCUUCUAACUCUUGCUAUAUGGAAACAAGCAUUGUAUAUUUGUCAUACUCAUGCUGCAUCAACUACUGAAGGGAGUCCUAUCCAAAAGACAAUAAAAUUUAAGGAAAUCUCUAAGGUGCGGCAUAGUCCUGAUGUACUAGAUUGUUCUGAUGAUAUUAACAUUCAUGGGCCAAUGGAUAUACAUUCUCAAAUAGAAAGAGCAUUUGUUCAUGAAGUUGGGUAUGCGGAAGAACUUGCUAAAGUGAUAGAACCUGGAAAUAUGGACUUGCCAGACGCAUUGGAGCUGAUAUAUCAAUCUGCCCUUGCUUUAGGCAAACAUGCGGCUGUUGACGAGUAUAUGGGAUAUACAGAAAGUGCAGUAAUUUUCUAUUCAAAAGCGGUGUGCUUAUUAGUAUUUAUUCUAGUGGAAGCACCAUGCCUGAUUCUGAAUCCUCCGUUUUCUUUAACGAACACAGAGAGGUAUAGGAUUCAGAAUUACAUUGAUGCCCUCAUUAACAGGGAGAAUAGUUUGCGGUCUCAAAGGAUGGCUCUUUUCAAGCAUGAGGAUCAGACAUGAAAACAAGGGUAUAGCAGCAGUAUAAAGCAAACUCUGUGAUGAAAUUUUGUGCUUUAUGUAUUGAAUUAUUAUUAUUAUUUCUUUUUCCUGUAUAGUGUGAUUGUUUUUGUAUAUAAGGGGCAUAGGAUGGUUUUUAUCGAGAUGAUAGAAUGGUUCUUUGACUUCA